AUGGCACCACCAACUAUAUAUUCAGCUGAGCAGAUUGAGUUCAUGGAAACAUACCAUGAUCAAUUUUUAGAGUGCAAAGUAAACAAAAAUUACCAGUCUUUCUGGAGUCUGUUUUUUGAGGCAUGGGAAACCAAGUUCCCAGAGCGUGCUGUUGUCUUCAAAGACAUACCACUUGAUGUCAACUUAACUGAUGAACAGUCUGCUGAAGUAGCAACUGUGUGGACAUUGCGUCAACAGAUGGCGUCUAUGUGCACUCUGAAUCAUCAGCCUCCAAACAGAAAACAAACACCUCUACUGGACACUCUCAAUACUAACCCUCCCAGAUGCCUGGUGGAUGCAGGAGCGUCAGCAUGGGUGCAAGCACCUCACCUUCCUCCAGAACAACCUCUCCAACCUACAGACUCAAUACCCGCAAAACAACCAGAACCCCAACCACGCAAGACACAAUAG